GUCGGUCCAUCGGUCCGUGGAUCACCUGCUACGAUCAGUCGUCUUCGCGUGCGUGUUGUGGCUACUGCUGCUGCUGAACCUCUCUCUCUCUCUGUCUCGGAAACUCGAAAGCGGGUCGAGAUUGGUUUUCCUUUUUUUCUGUUUUUCGUGUGUACCGUGUGGCAGGGAACUCCACCGGCGAUUCCCUCUGUUUUGUGUUGUAAUCGUGCUUUCAGCCAAGUGCUGCGUGAUAGUGUGAGAGAGGGAGAGAAAUAGUAUCCCACCAGUGCAAGCGGUGCCGAAAGAGAGCAUUACAAUCUAGUGAAGAUAAAAAUACUUCACCAUGCUUCCAUUGCUAUGCUUAGCACUUGUGCUGAGCACUUUGCAUAGUUCGAAUGCCCUCCCAAACGGGGCACCGACGUCAGUGUGUGACAAUAUGCUACCAUUCCACGGAGGAGGAAUCCCAGCGCUAACGACAAAGACACCAUUCUUGAUAACACCACAGUCGUCCGUGAUCGGAAGUGGUCAGCUACUGAAAAUAGACAUCGAGUCCUUCCCGGCCAAUAUCGUGUUCAAGGGUUACAUGAUCCAGGCACGGUCCGCCGAUCCGCCGCACAACAUUGUUGGCCGAUUCGAGAACUCGGAUGCUGCUGCUAUCAAGCUAAUCGAUUGCGAAGCGGCCGGAGAUACGGCCACCCAUACCUCCACCAGCCCGAAGCAAGAGCUGACGCUCGAGUGGACCGCACCGGACAACUUUGUGGGCGAUGUGAUCUUCAAUGCGACCAUUGCGCAGGACUAUGACAAAUUUUGGGUUGGCAUUCCCUCGGAAAAGGUACGCGUUGUUGCCAGCUCUUCGACGGUAGCGCCUGGUCAAACAACGAGACGGACACCUGCGACCACUACGACCGUUCCUCCGUACCGGCCAGCACAAACAUCCGCUCCGGUGGCUAGCGAUCCGAUCUACAACGGUUGCGGUGAGACCAAGGGUUGCUUCGGUUUUCCCGAAGGAUGUGUUGAAAGCGGAAACUGCCGCGCGGUUACGACGAUCACUGUGCUUGGAAACCGCUACGUGUUCGAGAUGAAAGCGGGACACAAUCGCCCAGCAUACGUGGCUGUAGGACUGUCGAAUGAUGCUAAAAUGGGAGACGAUUCCGUGAUUGAAUGUGUACCCGAGCAAGGCACAGUGAACGCGUACGCUUCCUGGACCACUGUCGGUCCAUACGGUUCUACUCGUUUAGGAGUUCCUCAAAACAUCUUCUCCUUGGUGGAAAAAUCCCACAACGAUGGAACUAUCUACUGUAAGGUUGAACGUGAUGCCGUUAGUAUGGUCAAGGGGCAGAAGUUUGAUCUCGUAAACGAAAAGUUCCACCUUCUGCUUGCAUCCGGAUCUUCGGUAGAAUCAACUAAUGUAAACUAUCACGAUAUCGGUCGCCACGUGUCGGGAAGUCCUCAGUCACUGGCAGAGGUAGGACCAGUGCAGGGUUCGUCGAAGCUUUUGCUGCGUUUGCACGGUGCCUUCAUGAUUACGGCAUGGAUCGGUACGGCCUCGCUAGGUAUUCUGAUUGCUCGCUAUUUCCGUCAAACGUGGGUCGGUAGUCAAAUGUGCGGCAAGGAUCAGUGGUUUGCGUGGCAUCGAUUCCUGAUGGUCCUCACAUGGGCCCUUACCGUCGCUGGUAUCGUGGUGAUCUUCGUUGAGAUUGGCGGCUGGUCACAAGUACGGAAUCCGCACGCCAUUCUCGGCAUCGUUACAACGGUACUGUGCUUCCUGCAGCCGAUCGGUGCGUUCUUCCGGCCACAUCCGGGCUCUAGCAAGCGACCGAUCUUCAACUGGUUGCACUGGUUGGGUGGCAACCUGGCGCACGUGAUUGCCAUUGUUGCUAUCUUCUUCGCUGUGCAGCUACAGAAGGCCGAGCUACCCGAUUGGAUGGAUUUCAUUCUCGUUGCUUUCGUGGCGUUCCACGUGUUGAUGCAUUUGCUGUUAUCCAUAUUCUCAUGGAUACAGAUUGGUGGCUGCGUUAGUGAGCGACGAAGUAGCCAACGUGUCACCUCCUUCCCGAUGGCUGAUAUGACACCUUCCCGCAACUCCAUGAGCUCUAGCGAACGCAAACAGGACGCUGCUUUCUCGGGCUUCCGCAAAUCGAUGCUGUUCUUGUACGUACUGAUUGUCUUGGGGCUGGUGAUUGCAUUGGUCGUGAUUGUCGUGCUCGCCCCGAUCGAAACGGCAUACAACAACAUUAAGGAUCAGAUUAUGAACUAAAAAAUGGUCCGUCACCUCACAACCAGAUACGAAUGCGGUUUUGCAGGUCGAGCAGGAAGUGUGCGUUUUAAUCCCAACUAUAGCUGUGUAUAUUGUAAAACUGUAAAACUGCCUUCAGCAAGCUUCCCCGUAAUGUAACGAUGCAAAUUAGCAUGUUAACUGUCUAGCGCCCAAAAACCAUUUUUUUCUGUUUGUAAAAAGCUAUUGACCGUUAACGAGUAUAUCCCGGAUGUCGAGAUGUGAGUGUUAUGCUAUUGCAUUUGAAACACGGUAGCCUUCAACCCAUGCCGCGUCGAGAUCGUCGAUUCAAGUAACAGGUGCACCACAUGUCUUAGUAUCUCGCGAAAGUAUAGCGGUUAGGGGUGCUGUACAGAUUUUGGAAGGUCCCUUCCUCGCUUUGUAUAAUAGGCAUCAUAUUUAUAUACAGCCGUUGAUCAACGUGUUGACUGUUAGGUGCAGCUCUGAUGGACAGAGUACGUGUGGUAAUGGAAUGGCGUUGAGCGGAAGAUAAUCCAUUUGUUCGUUUUUUUUUAUUACAAUUCCCCUCUGGUAUCCGUUUAGUAGCAUUUUAGAAAAUCUUAGGUUUUCAUUCAAAAGUAUUUGCUCAAAUCUCUAUCCCUCCCAAUGUAAUUGAAUCAUUCCUUCAGAAAACGCACAGCCACAACACACACGAAACAAGAAAACAAUGAUUAUGGUAUUAUGCGAGAUGUUGCUGCGCAUUCCAGUGGCAAGUUGUCAUUAAGUUCGUAUUUAAGUCGAAACAUAAUAAAUGUUGCCAUCGCUGAAACGGU